CUUGAAACGGCCACCAGUUGCGCUGGCGCUCGAACAAACAACACCACCACGACCUUCGUCUCCUGCUUGUCUCGCUUGCUUGCCUGUCACUGAUCUCAGAUCGACCACACUCCGUUGGCCGUGCACGGGGAGGGCUCCUUGAAACACGAGCACCACCAGCAUGUCUGGGAUGCCGGAGCAGCAGCUGCGGCUGCACCGCGUGCAUGGGUACCGCGGCCAUCAAGUGAGGCACUCGGCCACAUUUGCCAAUGACACAAACUCCGUCGUGUACAUUGUCGCCGGCUUGGCCAUCGUGUGGACUGAUGGCGAGCAGCGUUUCUACUACGAGCACACCGACGACAUCAUCUCGUUGUCGCUGCAUGAAGAUGAUGUGACAGCUGCCACUGGCCAGGUGGGUGCGGAGCCCUUCAUUUGCAUCUGGGACACAGAGUCCAUGGAAACCAAAGCCAUGCUCAAAGGCCACCACAAGUUGGGCAUCGCCUCCAUCCGCUUUGGCACCGGCAACCAAGCCAAGAUUCUGGUGUCAUGCGGCCUGGAAUCAAGUCACAACAUCGUUGUCUGGGACUGGACAAAGGGCCUGGCUCUCGCUGUCACCCCGGGCCACAACAAGCGCGUGUUUGAUGCGCAAAUCAGCCCCUGGAAGGGCAACCGCAUUGUCAGCUGCGGCGUUGAUCACGUCAAGUUCUGGACGCUGGCCGGAAACACCAUGACCACCCGCACUGGCACCUUUGACGGCAUGCGUGACACCGAUACGCAGCUGUGCCUUGCCUUUGAGCCGCCGGAGAGCAAGACAGAGCGGGUGUUUACGUCUUCCCUUGGCGGUGCUGUUACGGCCUGGCAAACCAAGGAUGGCUCCCCGCUCAACACCGUCCAAUGCCACCAAGGCCCCGUGUUUGUGAUGGACUGCACGCCAAAUGGCCUGGCAACCGGAGGAAAAGACGGCUUCAUGCGUCUGUGGGAGCUUGAUCUGUCACCGAUUGCUGAGCUGGACAUCAACGCCAUCCUGCAAGAGAGUGCUGUGACGUUGCGGACGGUGUGCUGGGCGGGCGACAAGAUCCUGGUGGGCACAAAGGACAGCCAACUGUAUAUUGUCAAGGGGAGCGAUAAGAUGAACCCAACCUGCGUCACACAGGGCCACCGCCCGGGAGAGCUGUGGGGGCUCGCCAUCAGCCCCGACGGAAGGACGUUUGUCACAGCAAGCGACGAUGGGAGUGUGCGGCUGUGGGCGUUUGAUGCCCCGACAUGUGUGAAGACGAGCGAGCUCCAGUCCCCACUGCGCUGCUGUCAGUUCAACCCGGCGGGCACACACGUCGCUGCUGCCGGCAAGGGAGGCACUGUCUUCAUCCUCACGCCAGACCUAGAACACGUCAAGCAGCAGUUCAAAGUGCGGGACAACAGCGUGGAUGUCAUUGCAUACACCGCCAAUGAUCUCUUCGUCGCAGGCAGCGGCGAUGGGUUUAUUGACGUGUACGAUCCAAGGAGCAAAUACAAGCACGUGACGGGCGGGCAAAUCUGCGACUCCUUCAUCGCACACAUUGACCUCAUGGACAACCCAGACGAAAUCAUGGUGACGAGCGGGACGGGCGAUCUCAUUCGCGUACGUCUGUCAGACGUGAAAAUCGUCAAAUCAGAGGAUGCAAGCACCGCGACUGUCACGAGCCCUGCGCUGCCCAUGGUGAAGGGGAUCUGGGGCCCGUACGCGGACUGCAACGACGUCAACGUUGUCGCCACGUGUGAUGGCGCAGUUGUGAGUGGCGAUGAUUAUGGCAACGUCAAGCUGUUCAACUUCCCCUGCCCUGAAGCCGGCGCCCUGCACCGCACGUACAAGGGCCACUCUGCCCACGUCACCAACAUCGCCUUUGACCCCUCGGGCAGAUGGAUGGUGACCACGGGCGGUGCUGAUCAGUCCGUUUUCGUGUGGAAAUAUCAUCCGGAAGGAGGACUCGAGAGCAUCGAAUACGACUCUGAGGAAGGCGUGAGCGACUAUGAGGAUGAGGAUUUGGAUGCGCUGGACAGCGAUGUGGAGACGGAAGUGCAGGUCGACUAUUCCCGCAAGAAAACGCCGCCCCCACCGGCUGCAAAGGCCGCAAAGGUUUCACGCAAACCGCCACCGCUACACAGUGCCCGCCUUUCUCACGUCCACGGCUAUCGGGGCUACGACUGCAGGAACAACCUGUUUUACGAUUCGUCGCUGGAUGUGCUCAUCUAUCACAUCGCAGCGCUCGCCAUCGUCGUCGACAUGAAGACGUGGGAGCAGUCGUUCUACGUCGGACACACGGACGAUAUCCUGUGUCUGGCGCACCACCCCGAGGACGACCUGGUCGCGACAGGACAAGUUGGCAAGGACCCGCCCAUCCACAUCUGGCACUUGAAGGAGCGCAAGGCUCUCUCCAUCCUCAAAGGGAGCCAUUCGCGCGGUGUGUGCGCGGUGUCGUUCCACCCUGACGGCAAGCGGCUGGUCAGCGUUGGGCUCGACAACGACCACUCCAUCUGCCUGUGGGACUGGGCAAAGGGUGUCUGCGUCGCCACAACCCGUGGGCACAAGGACAAAAUCUUCGCCAUCGGCUUCAACCCAAGCGACCCAGCAAAGAUUGUGACCGUUGGCAUGAAACACAUCAAGUUCUGGACACAAAAGGGCAACGGGUUUUCCUCAAAGCGCGGUCUCUUUGGCAAGAAGGGCAAAGUGGAAACAAUGUUGUGCCUCACGUUUGGCGCCAACGGACACACGUACACCGGCUCGUCCUCAGGCAUCGUCUGCAUCUGGUCCGAGAACACGCUUGAGCGGACCGUCCAGGCGCAUAAGGGCCCGCUCUUCGCUAUUCACGCGCUUGAGCAAGCGUUCUUGACUGGCGGCAAGGACGGCAUGAUUCGCAUCUGGGGCCCCGAUUUCAAACGCGCUCUGCACGAGUUUAGCAUCUCGCAGGACCGCGUCACGAACGACUGUCUGCUCACCGUCGACAAGCCCGCCAUUCGCGCCCUCGAGGCAGAGAACGGCCUCAUCUUUGCCGGCACGAGCAAUGGCGAGGUGCUCCUUCUUGACGACACCGGAAACAUCAAAGUCGUCGCGCAGGGCCACGCUGCCGGCGAGCUGUGGGGACUGGCACCGCACCCAACGCAGCAGAUUGUGGCGACAACGAGCGACGACAAGACCCUUCGCGUCUGGGAUUUGGAUGCGCGCAAGCAGAUUGCGCUGCUGAAAUUGCCCACUGCUUCCCGCAGCGUCGCCUUCAACCACGACGCCACGCUCGUCGCCGUGGGCUUCAAGAACGGCGCCGUGCAUGUGUACGCGUAUCCGCCCAAGCCUGGUGCUGCGCCUGUGCAUAAGGCCCACCACCGCAAGGAGGACAUCUCAGAUAUCAAGUUCUCUCCAAAGGGCGACCUAUGCGCCGUUGCUUCGCACGACAACUUUGUCGACAUCUACCAAAUGAGCGAUUUCCACCGCGUUGGCGUGUGCAAGGGGCCGUCCAGCUACAUCACACAUGUCGACUGGGACAUGUCUGGGCAGCUGCUAAUGACAAAUUCGGGUGCAAAGGAACUGCUCUACUUCCGCGCUCCAAAGGGAAAAAUUCAGCCAAUCUCAAAGUCCGCAGCAGCAAACGUCGAGUGGGAGACGUGGACGUCUGUGCUUGGUCCGUCUGUGAUUGGCAUUUGGCCACCAAGCUCGGACGUUACAGACGUAAACGCAUCCUGCCUCUCACACGACAGGAAGAUUCUUGCAACGGCCGACGACUUUGGGAUGGUAAAACUCUUCGAUUUCCCGGUCACCACUGCCCACGCCAAGCACAAGAAGUACAUUGGCCAUUCAGCGCACGUGACGAGCGUUCGCUUCACCGCUGGCGACAAGAAGCUUGUUUCCAUCGGCGGUAACGACACGUCACUCAUCGUCUGGGACUUUGGUGCCGCGGAAUCAAUGGCGGAUGCAGAUGAAGUCCAUCAUCAGUUCAGUGAUGCGUCCGACACGGAUUCCGAGGAAGAAGGGUAUGACAGCGACGUGACACGCGAGCGAAGCAUCGACUACACAACAAAGGCGUAUCACAGCCGGCAGGACCCGUCUGAUCGCCAAUCGAAGAUUGCAAAGCGUCGAUCAAACGCAAAGAAGAACAAGUUUGGCCGUGGUCGUGCCCAUGCGGCAAAGUCGAAGCCUGCGAUCAAAUCCCUGAAGCUGCACUUUAUCCACGGCUACCGCGCCUACGAUGCCCGCAACAACCUUCGCUUCAUUGAUCGAGAAACGAUUGUGUUCCACGCUGCGGGUGCGUGCGUGGUGAUGAACAUCACAACACGGCAGCAGAAGUUCUACCUGCAGCACACGGACGAUGUGCUGUGUCUUGCCGUCAACCCACGCAAGCCCUCGUUCAUCGCCACGGGGCAGGUGGGCGAGAGCCCGUCCGUGCACGUGUGGAACGCGCAGACGAUGGAGACUGCAUCCAUCAUCUCUGGAGCGCACGACGUCGGCGUCGGCAGCGUGAGUUUCAGCAGCAACGGGAAGGUGCUGCUCUCUGUUGGCGUUGCGGAGAAGCCACGCAUCUGCAUCCACCGCUGGCAGACGGGUGUUGAGCUGUGCUCGGCACAGACCAACCACCGCAUCUUCGUCGCCAGCUUCCGCCCAGACAGCGACGUGGAGUUUGUGACGGCUGGCAUCAAGCAUCUCCACUUCUGGACCAUCACCGGCUCGUCUGUCAUCCACAAGCGCGGCAUCACGGGCCCGAACAUCAAGAUGACCACCAUGCUUGGUGUUGCUUUCGGCCAGGGCGACGUCACAUUCUCCAGCGCCAUGAACGGCGACGUGUGGAUCUGGAAGGGCACAAAGUUGAUGAAGACGGUGAAAGCACAUGACCGCCCGUGCUUUGCAAUGGCGACAGACGUCACGCGCGCGGGGCGACACAUUAUCACCGGUGGAAAGGAUGGGUAUGUGCGGGUGUGGGACGAGAAGAUGAAGCAAAAGGCGGAGAUGCACCUGCCCGGUGAAGAGCUGCGGUCUGUCUGUCGCGGCGCAAACGACCAGUACCUCGUCGGCACUGAGGGAGGGUCGGUGUACAUUGUGCGUCCCGGCACGCAACCGGAGCGUGUGCUGAGUGGCCACGGCGAGGGUGAAUUGUGGGCGCUGGCAACAGCGAGCAAAGCCGACAAGUUUGACUUUGUGACGGCGAGCGAUGACAAAACGCUUCGCUUCUGGAAACUGGAUCCACCAGCCCUUGCACUUCCCAUCAUCAACCUUCCUGAGCGUGCACGCUGCGUGUGUCUUGGCCAGGACGACAACCUGUGCUGUGUCAGCCUUGAGAACGGAGAGUUUCUCCUGUUCAACAUGAGCAAUCUUGAUGAGAAACCGCAAUCUAAACGCGACCGCGGAAAGGCAAUCCGAUGCAUCAAGUUGAGCCCGGACGAGUCUGUCCUUGCAGUCGUCUCAAACGACGUCGCCGUCGAUUUCUACGACGUGGCGUCGCUGAAUCGACUUGGGUACUGCCGCGACUUGAAGAAGCCAAUUGCACACAUCGACUGGUCUGAGGACGGAAAGCACCUGCGGCUGGAGACGUCAAGCUAUGACGUCGUCUACGUCGAAGCCCCAACAGGCAAACUCGUCAAGAAGCCAGACAAGGUGAAAUGGGCGACACGAACCGGGGUGUUUGACGACAACGUGCUCGGCAUUUGGCCAAAGGGCGGUGAUAAGGUGAACAUCAACUGCGCGGCGCGGUCGACGGCAUCCAACGCCGUUGUGACGGGCGACGACAUGGGCUUUGUCAAGCUGUUUGCCUACCCGUGCCCAGAAUCACACGCGCGGCCAUCCACGUAUGUUGGCCACGCUGCCCAAGUUACGAGCAUUGCAUUUGUCAACAACGACAACUUUGUUGUGUCCACUGGUGGCGAUGACAACAGUAUUCUUGUGUGGAAAACGGCAAAGUCCACAUACGGACAGUGACAUGCACCAAGUCACGACAUUUGCGACUGCUGUCGCUGCUUUACCCCCUGUUCCCCUUCAUCUGCUCCUCUGUCUCAUCUUGUGAUGUCUUUGUGUUGCCUUGUUGCUUGCCCUUCAGCGCGAAAACGCGCCUGUUUUUGUUCACACGCAUGUGCCGGUGUGUUCACACCACUGUUUUGGCCAAAAGUACACCAUGCAAAGAAAAAGUUCGAGUCAAC